GCCCACCAAAAGAAACUGAAAUAUAUAAAAGCUAACACAAUCUGAAAGGAAAAAGUUAAAGAAAAACAAAGUUAUAACACAGAAGUAGGCUAGCAUUGAGAAUUUAAUCACCAACUAAUGAUAUAAAGGAGAGAAGGCCUGGUUUGUUAUAUAGUCUACUCAGGCUCUCUUAUAAGCUCUUACAUCAAAAUUUUCAUUAUCUGGUUUUCACUCAGGUGGGUACUUUCUUUGUGUUCUGUAAGCAAGAAAGAGGAAGCUAAACAGUACUUAAAAAGAGUGAUUGUGUGAGGGGGUUGUGUUGUGGGUUUAAAGAAAAAAAAUAUAUAGAGGUAUUAAGAAGUUGCUGGUCCUUGUAGAGAAGAAGAACAUCACAAAAGGGGGAGUUUGGGGGGUGGGUUUAAGGCAAGUGAUGCGCACAGGAGGUUGUAGUGUGCAACAGACUCUCACAGUAGAGGCUGUUUCAGUGUUGAAGCAGUCUCUAAGCUUGGCUAGGAGGAGAGGCCAUGCUCAGGUCACUCCUUUACAUGUUGCAGCAACAUUGCUGAGCUUAAGAUCUAGUCUAUUGAGAAGGGCUUGUCUCAAAUCACAGACUCAGCUGCUGCCUCAUCACCAGAGUAGUUCACAUCAUCAUCAUCCUCUCCAGUGUAGAGCUCUUGAGCUUUGUUUCAAUGUUGCUCUCAACAGGCUUCCAACAACACCAGCUGGUCCUCUCCUUCAUGGACAACCCUCACUCUCUAAUGCUCUAAUUGCAGCACUCAAAAGAGCUCAAGCACACCAGAGAAGAGGCUGCAUAGAACAACAGCAACAACAGCCUCUAUUGACAAUCAAGGUUGAGUUAGAGCAGCUUGUGAUAUCCAUCUUAGAUGACCCUAGUGUUAGUAGGGUUAUGAGAGAAGCUGGAUUCUCCAGCCCUGCUGUCAAGACUCACAUAGAAGACUCCACAACUACUUCUUCUGUGUUCCAGUGCUAUACUAGUUCUGGUGGGGUUUUUUCUUCACCUUGUUCACCUUCACAUCCUGAAACUCAAAGAGAAAUCAUCACUCCUAAUUUCUGGCCUGCCCAUCUCUCUACCUACUCUUCUGAGAGAAACCCAAUUCUUUUUUCUCCCCAAAAGAAAGUUUUCGGCACUAACUCAACUUCUCUGAAGCAAGAUAUCAAACAGGUGUUGGACGUCUUAUUGGGGACAAAGAAGAAGAACAUUGUAAUAGUUGGUGACAGUGUGUCCAUCACUGAAGGCCUGGUUACAGAAUUGUUGGGGAUAAUAGAGAGAGGAGAGGUCCCAAAUGAGUUGAAACAAACCCAUUUCAUCAAACUCAAUUUUGAAGCAUUGUCUUUGAGGUUCAUGAAAAGAGAAGAUGUGGAAAUCAAACUUUCAGAACUUAAAAGGAAGGUGGACUCUGCUUCUUCAGGAUGGGGUGCUAUUAUUUAUGUAGGAGACUUGAAAUGGACAGUAGUUGAAGAUGAAAUCUCUGGUUCAAACCCAGUUGAGCAUCUGGUGGCAGAAAUAGGAAGGCUAGUCACCAAGUACAAUAACAACCCAACAAUGAAGGUGUGGUUAAUGGGGACUGCAAGUUAUCAGACAUACAUGAGGUGCCAAAUGAGGCAACCCCCUCUUGAGACUCAAUGGGCUCUUCAGGUUGUAUCUGUUCCUUCUGCUGGACUUGGCUUAACCCUCCAUGCUGCUGCUGCAGCUUCCAGUGAUCUUAUGACUUGCAGUGCCCAUGAAACAAAGCCCUUUGUUGGAAAGCAGCAGGACCAAGAUAGUCUCAUUUGCUGUCCAGAAUGCACCUCUAACUAUGAAAGAGAAGCUCGAAUCAAAUCAAACGACUCGCCUCCAUGGCUGCAAUCACAUUGUGGAUUUGUGAAUCAGAAGGAUGCAUUGGCUGAGUCGAGGAGGAAAUGGAGCAGAUUAUGUCAUAAUCUCCAUCAGGGGACUCGCAAUCAGAAUAAUCUUAGUUCCACAUUUCACAACAACCAGGACAGAAUGAGUGGUGGAAAGACAUACUCCUAUGUUUCCUCAUAUCCUUGGUGGCCAAGCCAGGAUAACAUGUCGUGCCAUUCGGAUUCAAUCUCCUUCACAGAUUUUGAUUCCAGGACGAACAACGACAACUGCAAUCAAAAUAUGCAUAAAUUUAGGCGACAGCUUUCUUGUGAAUUCAACUUCAGCCAUAAAACAAGCUUAGGUUCUCUUAGAAACAGUCAAGGCAAAGAUGAAAAGAUCACACUGGCUCUUGGAAAUUCUUUCCUCUGGGAUUCAGGAAAGCUGGAGAAACAGCGGAUUGAAAUGCGUAAACUGUUACAAGAGAAUGUGCCUUGGCAAUCUGAAACCAUCCCUUCUAUUGUGGAGGCCUUGAUAGAAUCGAAAUCGGUCAGGAGGAGUGCUUUGUUGCUGAUUCAGGGGAAUGAUACCGUGGGAAAAAGAAGAUUGGCACUGGCAAUUUCAGAAUCUAUGUUUGGUUCAGCAGAUUUUUUCCUGCACAUCAACAUGAGAAAAACAGAGAAUGGGGUUACCUCAUUUUGUGAGAUGCUGAGUAGAGCAUUAAGAAACAAAGAUAGAGUUGUUUUGGUGGAAGAUGCUGACUUGGGUGAUGCCCAGUUCAUGAAGUUCCUAGCUGAUGGCUAUGAGACUGGAAAGUUUGGAGAAUAUUCAAUAUUCAUUUUGGCUACUGGUGGUGACUCCAUGAUCAUUGCAGAUAAGAAGACCAACCAAGAUUCAGUGAUCCAAAUGGGAUUGAGGGUCAUUGAAAGAAAACCAAUUUUUUGGACACCCAAUUCAGAAAGCAAGAGAAAAACUGAAUGGGAUUUCUCAAAUAAGGCCAAGAGUCCAAGAAUUGAAGAAAAAAAGCAUGAUGAAUAUGCAAGAAGCAAAAUGGACUUGUCAAGGCAAUCAAGUUUCAACUCCCUUGAUUUAAACAUCAAAGCUAAUGAAGAAGACGAUGAAGGCGAAGGGAAAUGUGAGGAAGUAAGCCAGAUUUCAAGCGAGAUAACUCGCGAAACUGCUACUGCUGUACAUACUCCAGAUGGGUUCUUCAAAUCAAUGGAUAAAUGCUUCAUUUUGAAUCGCAAUGCGGCUCGGGAUCAAGAGGCGAAGGAUGCAUUCUUGUACAAAAUGAGAAGGUGCUUUGAGGAGAUUACAGGGGGUCAGAAUGUGAUGGGUUUUAGUGUAGAAGAGAGGGUGUUAGAGGAGUUAGUUCAUGGAAGUGGUAGUUACCUCAACAGUUUGUUUGAUAAUUGGGUAAAGGACAUUUUUCAAACAAGCUUGCAAACGGUACUUAAAAAUGGCGGUAAAGGGGGUACAGGUGAAAUUAGGGUGUGUUUUGAGGGUAUACGUGGAAAAAUACUGGAGGAGGGGUAUACUGGUACAUGUCUCCCUAAGAAAAUUCAAUUUUCAAUAGACUAAGGCUA